ACUGCUGCCCGAGCUGGUGGCUUUGCUGCAGAGCAAAGAGAUGGGGUGAAGAGAGGCUGGCAGCUGGGAUUUUGGAAAAGGCAGUGCAUGCACGGAGAUCACCCUCACCUCCACCUGCACAGCCCCCAGGGAAAGCGUGGCUGAGACCCCAGCAGCAGCACUGGAGCCCGGCAGGGAGAUUUGUCCAAUGAAAUGGGGGAAGCCUUCUCUCCAGUGAUGCUCCAGGCCAGAGCCCUGCAGCUCUCAGGUCUGCUCAGGGUACAGGUGCUUGAAGGCAGAAAAAAGCAUCACCAGCCCCAUAGAAAGGCUUGGGUAGGAAUGGACCAUUUAGUUCCAACCCCUCUGCCAUGGGCAGGGAUGCACCCACUAGAUCAACCCACCAGAGCAACCGCUCACCUAAGCCCAAACGGAGUGCUGUGCCAUUCUCCAGCCCUCGGCUGCCCCAAGCAGCCCAAGGCGGGGAUUGCCCAUGGAGGAAUCCACCCUUGUCAGUGGGUGGUGCGAGGGAGAGGCAGGAAUGGGGCUCGGAGCUGAGGCAGCGCCCCAAGGGAAUGGGGGCCAGCUGGCAGUGUGCUUGGCAGCGCUAGUCCGAGGCAGGCUAUAAAUACCUCCGACGGGAGAUAGAAACACAAAAGCCAUCCCCACUUUCCUCAAAUAGCUCGGCAGCCAGGCCAGACAAAGGCACAUUGAUGGUGCAGCCGUGUCGUACCAGCUGGGCUGGGCUCCACUGGAGAGAGGAACUCCAGGCAGGGUCGGGAGCCCCCUGCCCUGCUCAUCCCCCAAGCAUUACAGCAGCAGGGUCCCUGCCACGUGCCAGGGCUGUGCUCCAUCCAGCCCCUGGAAGUGUUCAAGGCUGGUUGGAUAGGGCUCUGAACAAUCUGGUCUAGGGGUGGCAUCCCUGCCCAUUGCCAGUGAUUUGGAACUAGAUGAUCUCUAAGGUCCUUUCCAACACAACCCACUAUGUGAUUAUAUGAUUCAAUGGGUGCCUUCCCACGCAAACUCUCCCUUGGUGCAGUGGGGCAUAAGUAGCCUAAGGACGCAAAUGUCUAAGCAAAAUAAAGCUGUUGCAGGGCUCAGCCACAGUGCAGCCCAUAGUCAGGGCACAAAGCAGUGAUCACAGUUGCUACUCUCCACCCCCUGCUCUUCUCCUGCACUCCAACACCAGCCUGCAUUUUUCAGGGCUGGCAGGGAGCUGAGAUUGGAAGGCACAUAUCUGGAGUAACCACAUCCCUGUGCUGACACAGCUGAAAAGGCAGUGAGGGUAGGAGUGAAGGGGAACAGUGCUGCCCAGGGACCAGGAAACAAGGAGUUAAAGGAGCCCUGCCCCAGAACAGCCCUGGAGACCUACAGUGUCAUGUAGCAACACUUCACCUUCCAGGAGCACAACAGGUUUGGCCCUGCUCACAGCAACUUGCAAGAUAAAGAUUGGGCCUGGGCAGUGACAUCCACCAGACACAAGUCCCCUGGGUUUACUCUGGAAGGACAGGAGUGGAACUUAGGGCCACCCCUAUGGCUGAGCAGCCCGUCCCAGAGACCGCCCUGCUGGCCCAGGUGCUGGCUGCAGCCAGCACUGAAGCCCCUUCACUCCGCGCUGGCCGCCGUGGGUCGCAGCCCCCCGCCCCAGCCCGGGGCGCCGAGGAGAGCAAAGCACCGCCCCUGCUCUCCCGCCGCAACUCCAUCCUCAGCCGCCGCAGCUCCUUCGGGAUGCUCCCGGGGAGCAGGCGCCCCUCCAUUGGCCCCUGGAUGCUCCACAGACGUGUUAGCUUCUCUGGGCUCCCAAUUUUCCAACCCAUCCUCAAGAGCCGCCUUGAAAACACUUACAGGAUGGGGCCAGACAAAGGCUGCAAGUUUGAUGCGGAGCGGGUGCAGCGGGUGCUGGAGGGGACCCUGGCCUGCGCCUUGGGGACCACUGCAUACAGUGCCCAGGGCAGUGCCCCACUAGCCCAGAGCCUGACUGAGCUGCUGCACAACCAGGCCAAGGAGGUGGUGCCACCCCGCUACAAGCUGGUCUGCCAUGUGGUGCUGGGCCAGCAGGGCCAGCAGAGCCUCGUGGUGGCCAGCCGGGCACUAUGGGACCCUGAGACUGACAGCUUUGCCUCUGCCACCUUCUCCAACGCCUCCCUCUUUGCUGUGGCCACAGUGUACGGGGUCUACUUCGAGUAGCACAUGCCUCUCUGUCCACCCAGUUUUGCAGAGCUGUAGGGAGAGAGCAGCUGAAAUAAAGAGGUUUUGUCCGUCUGUGUGUCAUACCUUGGGCCAGGGUGUGUGCAGGGAGCAAGAUAAGGAUGCUCACUCCAGCCUCAGCUCACACCCACGCUGCAGUUCCCAGUACCACGGUUUGCAAAAAGACCCAAGCGGCAGCAAACACAACAAAAGGCUGGAUUUCCCUGGAACAGGCAACUGCCCAAGGCUGUUGGAGCAGCCCAGGCUGCUUCCCACAGCACAAGCUGCUCCCAGGCAGAUUGAUUACACAGAUCACCUUCAAAGCAAGCUCACAGAGCUCUUUCCUGGCUUCAUGCCCAGC